GUGAGGCCAGGCUCUUGGCCUGGGGUGCUCCAGCUGCACGUAGCCCUGGGCUGGGCAGGGCCAGCUGUGCUGUUCUUGUUUGUGGCAUGACCCUGCCCACUGCCUGGGAGGCCAGGCUUCUGGUGGCCCUGAGAGCUCGUCCCUGCCUGGCUGUCCUGUGAUUGUAGAUGGGGAGUAGGAUGUGUGGGCAGAAGAGAGUCCUGGGUGGGGCCCGGACCACCCUGCUGGGCCAGGAUGGGUGCCACCGCCUGCAAGAUUCUUUGUUCAGCUCUGACAGUGGCUUUAGCAACUAUCGUGGGAUCCUGAAUUGGUGUGUGGUGAUGCUGAUCUUGAGCAAUGCACGGUUAUUUUUAGAAAACCUCAUCAAGUAUGGCAUCUUGGUGGACCCCAUCCAGGUGGUGUCUCUGUUCCUGAAGGACCCCUACAGCUGGCCUGCCCUGUGCCUAGUUAUUGUGGCCAACGCCUUUGCUGUGGCUGCAUUCCAGGUGGAGAAGCGCCUGGCAGUGGGUGCCUUGACGGAACAGGCAGGGUUGCUGCUGCACGUGGUCAACCUGGCCACCAUUCUCUGCUUCCCGGCUGCUGUGGCCUUGCUUCUUGAGUCCAUCACUCCAGUGGGCUCCGUGCUGGCUCUGAUGGUGUACACCAUCCUCUUCCUCAAGCUCUUCUCCUACCGGGAUGUCAACCUGUGGUGCCGAGAGCGAAAAGCUAAGGCCAAAGCCAAGUCUGGUGAGGGGCUGCCUGGGGCUGGGGCCUUGGAGCCUGUGCCACCUGCCACGAGGCCAGACCUGGGCAGCAGCGAGGCCUCACACGCCACCCCCCUACCCCCCCCCCCCCCCCGCCCCAACUUGCUUGUAGCUUCUGCAGGUAAGAAGGCCAACGGGGGAGCGGCCCCGCGCACCGUGAGCUACCCAGACAACCUGACCUACCGUGAUCUGUACUACUUCCUCUUUGCUCCUACUCUGUGCUACGAGCUCAACUUUCCCCGUUCUCCCCGCAUCCGAAAGCGCUUCCUGCUGCGGCGGCUCCUCGAGAUGCUGUUCUUGACUCAGCUGCAGGUGGGGCUGAUCCAGCAGUGGAUGGUCCCCACCAUCCAGAACUCCAUGAAGCCUUUCAAGGAUAUGGAUUAUUCACGCAUCGUUGAGCGCCUGCUGAAGCUGGCGGUCCCCAACCACCUCAUCUGGCUCAUCUUCUUCUACUGGUUCUUCCACUCCUGCAUGAACGCCGUGGCUGAGCUCAUGCAGUUUGGAGACCGGGAGUUCUACCGGGACUGGUGGAACUCUGAGUCCGUCACUUACUUCUGGCAGAACUGGAACAUCCCUGUGCACAAGUGGUGCCUCAGGUGGGCACGGGCAGGAAUGUGCCUGGUGGGUGUGCAGUUUCGUGUGGUCCCGGGCACCCAUCCCACGGCCCCCUCCCUCCACAGGCACUUCUACAAGCCCAUGCUUCGACGGGGCAGCAGCAAGUGGGUAGCCAGGAUGGGGGUGUUCUUUGCCUCGGCCUUCUUCCAUGAGUACCUGGUGAGCAUCCCCCUGCACAUGUUCCGCCUCUGGGCCUUCACAGGCAUGAUGGCUCAGAUACCCCUGGCAUGGAUAGUGAGCCGCUUCUUCCAGGGAAACUACGGCAACGCAGCUGUGUGGCUGACGCUCAUCAUUGGGCAGCCAGUGGCCGUGCUCAUGUAUGUCCACGACUACUACGUGCUCAACUACGAGGCCCCGGUGGUCGGGGCCUGAGCUGCUCCACAGCAGGUCUUCGCUGCCGAUGGCCAGGGCCCAUCACCCACCUGUGUGCUAGGGAGGGGGCUCGGCUGUCCACUGCCUCCUCCCAGCCACACCCCCCUCCCCCGGAAGGCCUCUCUGCCCUCAUGGGGCUCCUUCCUGCCCUGCUCAGGGAUGGCAGACCAGGCACAGGCCGGCGCUGGUGGAAGUGCCAGUGCCCCAGGAAUCUGUGUGAUCCUGCCCAGGGGUCUGAGGAACUCAAUAAAGUACUGUCCAGAGUGGCUGCCCUCAACCUGCUGGGGUUGUGGGGUGCUAGUUGUGCUCUUGGGAGGGGGAGCUGGGUCCCACUGGCCUUACUGGUGCCUAUGCCCGUGUCUCCUGGGGUGCUGUGUCCUGGAACACCGCUGGGCAGGGCACCAUGGUGAUGUUGAGGCUGGGGAUGGGGGCCAGGUAUUGGUGGUCAGGCAGAUUCCUCCUCCUGGCACACAGCUCAUCACACGUGGCAACUUCCAUUUGCCUAACAAGGCUCAGUGGAGGUGACACUCCCUGACCUUUUCACUGCCCUUGUUAACCUUGUGUGCGAGUUUGUGGGGGGUGGUGGUUAGCUCAGAGCUCCGUGGUCCCUGUGAUAGGGCCUCAGAAGAGGCUGACCAAGGACUUCCCGGCAGCGGACCUUGGCUCGGGGUCGUGGCUGGAGACUGGGGUGUGUAAGAGGAUCAAGAGUCAAGACCAACCAGGGGGCUGGCGGAGUUGCAUGUCGAGUGCAGUUCUCAGACAAGGCCAUGGAGCUCACAGAGGCUGAGUCAACGGACCCUUGGGGAGCUGCUGCUGCCCCUAGGGUGGCCACAUGCUGGGGUGCUCACCGGGGACAGAUGCAGAGCCUCGGGGACUCUUGCCUCUUGGAGGAGGCAGGUGGCCUGGCCCAAGCCUUGACCUGGGUCUCCCUCAUGAGCACACGCAUCCGUGGAGAUGCUUCAACACCAGCUCUCUGCACCUCCUGGGUGCUGUUGGCCUGAGGCCUGCCCCUUCUCUGUACUGGAAACCCCAAGGCCCUGUUGGGUCAGAUGUGCCCUGACUCACAGAUGUGGCCUGAUAAGACAGGGGUCUUCAGGAGGUGUCUGGGCGGCCGCCUCAAGACCUGUGCUGCCCUGCCCCACCCAGCACCAUUCAACUCCACAUCCUCCUUCCCUUUGGAAGGGUUGGGGACUUCCCUAUAGUGGAGUUGCCAUGGUGGGGAUGGAGGAUGGGGGAUGGGGAAGGCUCCCUUCGGUGGGGGGGGUUCCUUUUUGGAUCCCAGGGUGGAGGCAGUGUCUCCCUGGCCCCUGCUGAGGACAGCGAGCAGGGAGUGAACUCCUGAGGGCACAGAUCAUCAGGCAGGCUGCUCUGGCCUGUCACCUCCCCACCCCUCGACACCCAACCCUUCCCCCCAAACCAGCCCAGUGCCUUGUGAAUGCAUGAAAAACGGGGUGCCUCUGCCGAGAAGAUGUGCACAGCCUGCCUGUCUGUCCAUGCCCCACCUGGUCCCAUGUGGGGAGGCCUUGGGCAGGGCAUUCCUGUGGGUCUGUCCCACCACACCCUCCCUCGUCCUUUAAUAAAGAAUUCUGAGCACA